AUGGAACGUCUCAAUUGGUUUACCAAGUUCACCAACAUCAACCCUAACCAAGAUGCGCGGCAGUGGCAAACAAGCGAUCUUUGCAAAGAAUGUCAAGACGUUGACUUUGACAAAGUUUUAGUUGCUUCGAAAGGGCCAUCAGAACCGAAACAUUACUCUGGAUUUUUUGAGCUUCGCAUCUCUGAGGACAUUAUGUGCCCUAUGUGCAGAUUUUACACGAGACUAGUGCCAGCUGAGUAUCGGUUGCAUGCUACUGAAGUCACCGACAUUUCCCUUGAACAACGGGCGAGAGAUCCAGGUCAUCUAUUGAUCAAUAUCAUGGCACCAUACCCAUACAUGAUGGAUUCCCUAAGAAAAGGAAAGAUGAAGAUCGUGCCUAUCAGGAAAGCAGAGUCGGGAGUGUCCCGCAGGACUGUCACUGUACAUGGGCACGGAGAUCGUUACGUCGCGCUCAGCUAUGUUUGGGGCCCUGACGAGCAGGGACAUGGCUCUGGCGACCCUAAGUCUGUAUUGCGAGACUUGAACGGCAAAAGUAUACAAAUCUCCAACGUCAUUCAAGAUGCGAUGGCUGUUACAAUCGGACUUGGUCUCCAGUAUCUUUGGGUCGACAAGGUUUGCAUCAAUCAGGAUGAUGCCGAAGAAAAGCAACAGCAGCUGCGUGGUAUGGAUUCCAUCUACAAUAAAGCUUUUCUCACCAUCGUGGCUGCUGCCGGAAACCGAGCAUCGUAUGGUCUUCCUGGCGUGGGUACCCGGUCGCGAGCGAUCAGACCAAGAAUCAGGUUAAAUGGAACGACAUGGACAGCAUAUUGCGAUUCUCCCUGGAAGACAGUAAGCAGGUCAAAAUGGUCACACCGAGGAUGGACAUUCCAAGAAAGCUUCUUCUCCCGCAGAUUCUUGAUGUUCACCGAUGAGCAGGUGAUAUUCGAGUGUGGGGACAUGCUCCAAACGGAAUCUCGGGUACAAGACUUGGAUGCACCCACAAUGGAAUCCGAUAUCAACAGCUUGAACAUUAUAGAGCGAUGCGACAGCAAGGUGCAUCCACUGUCGCUCAUGUUUCUCAUACAAAGUUUCACUUACCGAGAACUGACAAAAGAAGAAGACGUUCUCGAGGCCAUGGGCGGCCUUUUCAAUUUUCACUCACAACUUGAGCCACCGAUCGAAACUUUCUGGGGCCUUCCCAUUCGUCGGUCUGGUUAUGGGAUGUCGAACCUGGAAUUGGAUGCGUAUCGCGCGGGCAACUCAAAUCUUAAGCAUGAAGAUAUAGCUGGUGCGAUUCUUCUAGGCCUUCAGUGGUAUCCGUAUGGUACUGAACGCCUUGUCACAAGAAGAGAAGGGUUCCCCUCUUGGUCCUGGUCGGGUUGGAAGACUGUAACCCUUCGAUUCGACGCUCAAGUAUUAGAAGUCCCGUUCGUCAAGUGGAAAGACUACAAGGGGCGCGGCUCAUAUUCUGAGGAGCUCUCAAUUGGAUACAUGAGAAAUUUCAUCUCCGGAGACUCUGUGCGCUUUGCUGCUGUAAGGACAAUAGGCUCUGAAGUUCUGUCGCUUGUUUCAGAUCAGAGUUCUACUUCUAGGGCACUUGUCUGGCCUUUGUUCCUGACAUGUAGCACCGCCGACACAGAAGACAUCCGGAAGGACCCCGACACCAGGACAAUCGAAUGUGUGGUCAUAGGUGACGAAUAUGGCCUGCUCGUUCAAACCAGGGAUGGCGUGUCGAAGCGAGUUGGUCUUAUGCGCUUUGAAUCGGAUUAUGGAAAGUACCGCCAAGAUGAUCUUGGCACUCUGUACUUGCCGCGGGACGAUUUCUGCCCUGAGUCGGCCUAUUGCGUCUUUUGCAGCUUUGUGGCUAGAUUGAGACCUGCUGGCAUAAAAGGUACAUCGCCAGAUUCGGUUGACUUUGUCACCGGGGAGGAGACUACGAGUGAAAGAUUAAGGGGAUGGAUUAAUACACAACCCACAAGCGAGACACCAUCACUGAGCAGCCAGGAUACAGGUGGUCUUAUCAUUCAUGUUACUAGCGGAGUGAACGAGUUUCAAACAGUCAACUGGCGCGUGGAAAGAACUUAUUACAACCCCCCAAAAGAUGGGCCAGACAGAGAUAUAGUUGGAACUUUUCGCCUCUGGAAGUACCAAGCCCCGGACUGUUACCUCCCCACGCCCACGGUCGACACAUUAACGUACAUCACCAAGUAUGCCAAACAAUGGCUACGCCUAUGCGACGAGAGUCACGAAGUCUGCAAAUCCCUUGCUUCGAAUUCCACACCUCCGAUCUCUCUGAUUGAUUGCAAUCAACGUUGUCUUGUACAUAGUUCCCAAGGAAUCCGCUAUGUUGCACUCAGUUACGUAUGGGGCAAGACCGGGCGCAAUUUUAACCUCCCCAAAAGGCGCUACGGUGUCCCAUUAGAUGGACUUCCACGCACUAUUACUGAUGCCAUAACGGUCACGAAAAGUCUCGGAUACGAUUAUUUAUGGGUCGAUAUGCUAUGCAUUGAUCAACAGAGCGAAGAGGAUAAGCUUCGCCAGAUAGCUAUCAUGGACCAGAUCUAUCGAUCAGCGGAUCUGACCAUUAUCGUUGCAGCUGGUAGUGAUUGCGGUGACGGCAUCCCUGGUGUGAGUGAGAGAUGCCGCCCGCCGCGGAUGUCAAUUAAGAUCGGGAACACAGUACUCGUCGAGGACAAAGAGAACGCAGUCACCGAGAUACGGUAUUCGACUUGGCGAUCAAGGGGCUGGACAUUCCAGGAAGGCCUGCUGUCAAGGCGUCGACUUGUAUUCACAGAUACUCAGUUGCUGUUUUCUUGUCUAUCAAGUCAGGCGACCGAGCCCGAAGAGGGUCCAGAAUUCUCGCACAAGGCGAAGGAGGCCCCAAUCUACAUGCGUCAGAAGGAAGAUCUUUGGGAUACCAGCUUCCUCCAAACUGACAGCGUGCCGCGCACCUAUCUGAUUGAAAACCAAUGGUUUCACGGUACGACUGUGAUUAAGAACGAUCGUUUUCACUCAAGAUAUGGAUUUCCAAUCGCUUUCGCAGAGUUGUUGGAAGAGUACUCGAAACUGAACUUCUCGUUUGAGUCGGAUAUCGUGAAUGCUUUCCGGGCUAUCGGAAAUACGUUCGCUCUGAGAUCACCCCCUGUGCUCCAUCUCUAUGGCCUCCCAUUCAUAUUCGACGCCGAGUCGAUCACUGCUAGUUCUAUAACUCGCGCUCUCGCAUGGUGUCUGGUGAGAGGCGAUGAAGAGACUGCGCGAAGGUCAGGCUUUCCGUCGUGGUCCUGGCUGGGAUACAGGGGGCCGGUGCGAUGGGGUGCGUUUGUUCGGAACGUGCCUCCCGGUCCUAUUGACGCGCAAUGGUCUGCUAAAACGUUUUCACACGUCCUAUCGAUAACUACCAUUAGUAACAGGAGCUUUGAGCUUUUGCAGCUGUCACAGUGGUGGCAAGAGUGGAGUAGUGCGAGGGCAUCCGAAGGUCUGGCACCAUCGAGACUAAUGCUAUCCGGACCUAUGAUUAAACAGGAACUUUGGCUGGACUCCAAGAGUAUGCUAAAACCUGGAUGGGGAGACUCAGGACCCCAUGUUAUUCUCGACAAGGAAGCUUGCCUUUCCAAUUUCCAGUACAACAUAGGGGGAAAUCUUCACAUGUCGGCAGAUGCAUGCCGAUGUCUUUUUGACAAUCUGAGAAGCGGCAGCUGGAGGGCACUUGUACUCACGCAGAGCUUUCUUUUACUUGUCCAGUCUGUGUCUGUUGAUGUCAAGGGUGGGCUGUAUAGACGCGUUGCAGGUGUCGAGAUUGAGGUUUCUCAUACGACGGAGGAGUUUGUAGAGACGUCUACAAACGUUGUGGAAGUAGAGUUAGUAUAA